AUGAGUGCUAAACUGUGGACAGAGGAGCAGUUUAACUGCCCUGUGUGUCUGGACCUCCCAAAUGAUCCAGUCACCAUCCCAUGUGGGCACAGCUACUGCAUGGCCUGCAUUAAGGACUACUGGAGCAAGGACGACCCCAAGGGGGUCUACAGCUGCCCUCAAUGCCGCCAGAGCUUCAGCCCCAAGCCCUCCCUGUCCAGGAACACCAUGCUGGCGGAGGCUGUGGAGCAGCUCCGCAAAGGUGCCCGCACAGCUGACGUUCGUGAAUCCAUGCGAAGCGCCCGAGGGGUCCCCGCCGCCUCCUCAUCCAGAUCCAAAGGGAAGCUCCCCUCCUCAGCAGUGCCGUGCGACAUGUGCAAGGGAGAAGAACGAGCGGCGGUCAAGAGCUGCCUGGUGUGCAUGAGCUCAUUCUGCGAAACGCACCUGAAGCCCCACAAGACCAAGAAGGCCCUGAAUCAGCAUGAGCUGAUCGCACCCACGGCCAAUCUGGCUGAGAAGAUCUGCACCCAGCACAAGUACUUGCAGGAGUUCUUCUGUCGCCAGUGUAAGGUGUUCGUCUGCUGGCUGUGCACCAGCAACCAACACAAAGGCCACGAGUGUGUGUCCACCAAGGCUGAGCGCUUGGAGAAACAGAAAGUCAUGUCCGAGAUGUAUGCAGAGAAUCAGCAAAAACUGAAAGACCGAGAGCAGGAGCUGAAAGACAUGAAGAAGAUGAUGGAUGUGACAAAGCGUUCUUUAGACGGGAUGCAUGCAGACACGGAGCAGGCGCUGUCGGAGCUGCAGCGCUCGGUUGAGCGCCUGCAGGAGCUGCUGGAGGAGGUGCUGCAUCAGGCCAGUCUGGAGAAGAUGGGACAUGCUCAGGAGGUCGCCAACAACCUGCAGGCUGAGAUUAAGGAGCUGAAGAAGAGGGACAUGGAGAUGAAGGACCUAGCCCUCUGUGAGGACCACAUCUAUUACUUGGAGAAAUACGAGUCCAUGUGCUAUCCGUUAGAGACGGGGGACCUGCCCCCUGUGUUGGUCAAUCUGGAAGCUUCCUUUGAGCCUGCACGAGAAGCCAUCUUAGACCUCAGGGACCGAGUCGAGGACCUGUGCAACCAGGAGCUGAGCAAGAUCACCAAACAAGUCAAUGACACAACUCUGUUCACUUUGCAAGACUCCAACCGCAGCGCAGGACAGAAAGGAGGGAUUUUUAAAUUGUUUUCUGGUCUGAGUUCUCGCAACACAAACAGCCGCUCACCAGCUACUCCACCCAGUAUUUCAGCGGGAGCACGGAGUACAGACAGACGAGGACUCGGUGUAGGCCUCAAAAGUCAGGAUGUGAGGAGUAGAGACACACCACGAGACAGAGGGAACACAAACUCACCCAGACUUCGGAACAGACAGCGGGUAGAGGAAAGAGAGACAGUGAGGGAGACCAACUCCAGGCCAAGCCCCAGCCCCAACCGCAGAGAGUCUCCGUCUCUUUGGAGCAGGUCCAGUCAGAGCCAGGCUGUCUCUGCUGUGGCUUCGACUCCAACUCAAAUGCCAGCCACUCCAACUCCUGCCCAAGCUCCAACUCCAGCCCCUGCCAAAGCUCCAGCUCCAACUCCAAUACCUGCCCCAGCAUCAUCUGGAGGGUCCAGUUUCAGUCGGAUGGCAUCGAUCAGCAGCCUCUUCCGCUCCCAUCGGCGUGGCACCAAACAGGCCGCCCCAGCUUUCCCCGAUAACACACUGUCACCAGGAGGAAACCCACCAGGGGGGAUGGCUGCUCUGCCUGAAACACCAACAGAAAUUAACCCCGGCCUCUUUUUGGACUCACCCACCCCCGGCACCAUGGAUAACGCUCCUGCUUUCCCUGCACUGAGAGAACUCAACAUCGACAGCAUCCAGGCCCCAGAGCCGAGGACCAGAGAAGAGUUCCUACAGUACUCUGUGACGUUGACCCUUGACUCCAACACAGCCCACCGACGGCUGGCUCUCUCCGACAGCAACACUAAAGCCACCCUGCAGGUGGCGGCGCAGCCCUACCCCGACACGCCGCAGCGUUUUGAUGGCUGGACCCAGGUGAUGUGCCAGAGCCCCCUGUACGCCCAGCGCUGUUACUGGGAGGUGGAGUGGAGAGGCCGAGGCUCCUCUAUAGGUGUAGUUUACGGAGCGUUACCCAGGAAGGGCUCAGACGCCCGGUCGGGGCUCGGUUACAACGCCCAGUCUUGGACCCUGGAGCUGUCGGACACCUGCUGCUCUGCCAUGCACGACAAUGAGAAGAAGGACAUACCGGUCACCUACUCCCCCCGCCUGGGCAUCUACCUGGACCUGUCCACAGGGACGCUGGCCUUCUACAGUGUGGCAGAGAGCAUGACACACCUUCACACCUUCCGCGCUAACUUCACCCAGCCGCUCUACGCUGCCUUCGGAGUGGGCAGUGGAGUCGGGGUGGGUCUGGACUUUGCCCUCGGCCAGUUCAGCUCCAGCUCUGACAGCAUCAAGAUCUGUCCCAUGUGAUGGUGCAGGCUGACUUCACAGAUAAACACUGCAGCUUGAAAGUAAGUGCUAAUGCUGAUCAAACUCUCAGGACACAAUGACUCAACGUAAUGUUUGGUUGCACCUAUUCUCUUUUUUCAUAUUGUAAAUGCACUUACUGAAAUAAAGUUUUGCAUUGUUUAAAGACAUGCUAGACUUUCUACACAAAGUGUGAGUAAUAAUAAACCAGUGGGUGAGCAGAUUUGUUAUAUUGCUUUAUUUAAAAAAAAGAGGCAACUGAAUAAUAACCACGAGUAGUUUACAGAGGAUUUUGAUCUUAGAAGGGGGACAAGCGACUGGAUUUUAUAUUUUAGCCAAAGAAUGCCCUAAACCUGAACUUCCUGCUUUACAAAAAGCAGUGGAUAAUAUGACAACUACAAAUCUAAAGAUAUGAACAGUCUGGAUGAGCCGUCUGUCCUCUUCUCCGCACUCCUACAAACAUUAAACAGAAGCGUCCUUUGUCAAACAUGUUAAAGCAAAUUAGCACAAAAAGCAUCACCUGUGUACUUACGUACUUG